CGCGUGCAUGUCCGCGAGCCAAGCACCCGGCGCAACCGCUCAACGGUCAGCGCGCGGGGUGGGCGGGAUUCCUUUUCCCAGGAUCCAGCAGGAGCGUGGAUUUUUUUUCUCUCUUUGCCGACAGUAAAUGAAGUGCCGGCUGGCGGGGGAGGGGUAAAGGGAGGAAGUGAAGAGACGCUGACGCUGUGCGAUAGGUGAAGUGCCGACGGAAAUCUCUGAUAUGGUUCAUGUCGCAAGAGCUUGAGGAAAGCCAUCUCGCCAGAAAGAGAGAGAGAGACGAGCAAAAAUAGAAGUAUCUUUUGCAGGAUUUUUGAUAUCGGCUUCGCGAAAACCACAUUAUGUGUAAAAUGGCUGACCAAAGGCAGCGCUCAUUGUCCACCUCAGGGGAAACACUAUACGUUGUUCUGGGACUUGAGAAAAAUGCUACGCCAGAGGACAUUAAGAAAUCGUACAGUCAUACAGCCUUGUUUGUCUUCUGUGGAGUGAUUACUGGCUGCUACUUCUGCUGCUGCCUCUGCUGCUGCUGUAAUUGCUGCUGUGGGAAGUGUAAACCAAAGCCUCCCGAGGGGGAGGAACACGACUAUUAUGUCUCGCCAGAAGAUCUGGAAGCACAGUUACAGUCGGACCUGGAAAGAGAGGGAGACGGAGCAAUUGUGGUGCAGCCAACAUCGGCCACAGAAACAACUCAGCUGACUAGUGACAGUCACCCCAGCUAUCACACCGAAUGAUUUAACUAAGCCAAGUUUGUUCUUGUAAUUAAAAAUUAUAUUUAAAAUUCAUUUCAACACUGGGUUAGUUAAAGCUAUAGAUAGGGAAAGAAUUUUCACAAGAUUGCCUGCAAAGAUGAGAGCAGCCACUAACAUUGCAGAGACCACCUUCCCUUUAUCUUGCCUUUGCCACUGAACGUUACCUUCAUAACAAAAUGCUGUAGCAACCAGUAUUUGAAGACAUUAACACUUUUUUUUGUUUGAAUUGCAAAUUUUAAGGUGCAUAUAAGCUGAUGUCUCAUGAUUAACUUCCAGUUGAACCAGUGCAUGUAAACAACCAAAUUAGAUUCACCUAGAAAUCCACUGACACUCCUGUCCUCUCUUCUUUCUGUUAGAUUUUGUAGAUUGUUGCCAAUCAUGAGUUUUGUUUUGAUUUAUUUUUGGGGUGUGGAAGUCUGGGUAAUUAUGGCCAAUAAUGUCUUUGCCAUUAUGACACACUUUUUGUGCUCAAGUUUCAGAGUUUUGUUGUGCAGUUACUUGUUUGUAACCGGGAUGGCGUUCCAUUUGUUGGCCUCAAAAUAUCUAAAAUAUCACUUGCAGCUCAAUACUGAGGCCCAAAGUAAUACUGACACCAGGUUAUUGAAUUGUGUUGUAUUUUGCUACAUGCUUUACUGCCAGAUUCUGACAUUAAUGUAAUAAUCAAAAACUUUGUUGUGAAGUAUAAACUUUGUCAGUAACUUUGCUACAGGCAAACAUUCACCUAAGAAUGAGAAUUGGUUUUGAAAUGAAAUUUAUUUUUUCAGAGUUAUGGAACAAAUAAUAUCAGAUUGUACUCGUGAUCAGUGAGCCAGUGUAAACAAUUAUGUUCACAUGAAAAGAGCAGGUUUGGGACAAAAAUUAGGAAAUGGUUGACACUUCUAACGUUUCUUGAAAAUGACAUGGAUUCUUUGCUUCAUUGAAAAAAAUAGAAUGCUAAAUAACAGUGCAUGCAAAAACUGCAUCUGACAGUUAAAAUACCAGUGUAUACUGUUGGAGCAAGCUCUUUUAUUAUUUGAUCUAAUUUCCUAUCCUAAUGUUCAUUUUACAAAACCAUAUUUCCCUCCAAUUUCCCUUUUUCACCUUGAUUUGGUAUAUGUUUGCUAUUAGUUUAAAAGUAAACUUCCAUAAUUAUACAUGUCCAGUUUAAUUGUGAUGUGAUGAUGGCAAUACAUAUUUAAAGAAUGAUCUUUGUGAGUAAACUUUUCUCUCUAUCAAAUUAGCACUUUUUCUGCACAAAAAUGUUAAAUAUUUUGAGUGUCAACAAUUUGUGAAUCUUCCCUUUUUAUGAAGUUGAAAAUAAUAAAACAAAUAGGUUUUAAAAGAAACCUAACCUAUAUGGUGGUAAGUGUAGCAAAUGCUAGACCAAGUCCAGAAUCCGCAGAAAGUCAACAAUUUUUUUUGAGUUGAUGCUGAUUCUUUUAGGCAUUAAGAUUUUUCAUAAAAUGUUUAAAAGUGUUCUCCAUUCAUUUUCAGGAGUUAAAUUUGAGCUCUGUCCAGACUGAUGAAAAACUAUGCUGUUGUCUGCUGGCUGUAAAACUUCCAAGUGAAAUAAAUCUGGUUCUCAAUCCAGUUUCUAGGAACUUCGUCUCCCAAAACUGGUCAAAAUUCAAUGCUAACAGACACUGCAAUGAACGUGUCAUUCAGAUCACGUUAAUUGACAUAGGAAGGAAAUAACUAAAUUAAUAUUAAAACUGUUAUGAAGGGACUGAUAUUUAUUAGCAUGUUAAUAUUGAAAGAGCUGGGAGCUAUGCUAAAGCAAGGGGGUACUGUGCUUGUAGCUUUUACAACAUCAAGCAUUGAUAAUGGUAUUGUUUGUCUAUCUUUUUCAAGUUUCACAAAUGGAUCAAGUGUGUUUAGCACUAGAUAGGAUCUAGAGAAAAGUUAUCCUCUGCUCACUUUUACUCCCUUGUGUUGUAUUGUUGUGUUUGAAAUCCAGCUUUUGUUUUCUUGAGUUUGCUCACUUGGGGGAAAAAAUGUGUAGCUUCCAAAGUUGAAACUAUAUACUUUAUACUUGUUAUCGAAAUGAGAGAUGGUUGUAUUUGGGUUAACGUGAAAAAAUGAAGCUUAAUUGCUGUAAGACUAUGAAGUUGCUUGUGUUGCAUUAACUUGAAGAUUUAUUACUACUGAACUGUACAAUUCUUUUCCCACUAAAUCCUCUGUUGUGACAUGCUUUAUAUAGGUUUUAAUUAAUCCUCAUUUUUACUAUCCUUUGCAUAAAUUAUAUUUUCCCAUUAUCAUUGCAUUAAAAGAGAAAAAUUCUAAAAGAAUCAAAAUUUGAAAAUUGCUCCUUUUACCGUUUUAACAUUGAAAGACCUAGAUUUUGGGAGACAGAGCAUUUGUUGCAGCAUGAACAAGUUCCAACCCAUCCUGAAUUAGUUGUGCUUCAUUUCCUAACUUUAUUUUUGUGGGAAAAAAUACUGUAAAGCUAGUGUAUUUAACUUUUGACCAUAAUUAACCUUCAGCUAGUUUAUCUAGAUUUUAAUAAAUGUUGGCAGUCAUUUGUGAGGAGGCACUGAUCAAUUUUCAGAAAAAAAAGACUUUGGUUUUGAAAUAAAAUCUUAUUUUAAUUUUUUAUAAGGGAUUGCACCUUUUAGGCAAAUUACUUCAGUACGGAUGAUUCAUUCCGUUGUUACAUUGGAUACUUGUUCCUUUAGUUUUAGUCUGUAUAGGAUAUAACGUUAUUACAAGAAAUAAAACUGUGCUGAGAUCAAUAGUUUGAACAUUGUUACAUAAAAGUGAGAUUCUGGCAGAGAAAAUUUGAGUUGUAAUAACAGAUUUGUAUUCUUGAAGGCAUGAGUCAUUCUAAACAUUUUCUGUGUUGAAAUUUUUAUACCUCAUUGCUUAAGUCAUAAGUAUGCCUAGUUUGCUAGUUAUGAUGUCAUACCUUUUCAGAUAGAAAGCAAGAAUAAGAAUAUUUUACUUCAAUUGUGUUACUAACUUUACCUUUCCCUUUCAAAAUAUACUACUUUUGUUCCUGUAGUUAAGUCUAAUUCAAACUUCCGUGCUGCUAGUUACAAUUACCUUGCAUAUUGCACCUCCAGAUUAUCUGAUAAAUCAGGGCUCUAUUUGCCUGCCCAGGUGCAUUUAAAAGAUUCCAUAGCACUAUUUCAAAGAAAUAAAAUAAUUAUCUCCCAUUUCUUGACCAAUAUUUAUCCAUCAAUCGAUAGCACGAAAAACUGAUUAUUGUCAUAGUGCUGUUUGUGGGAGGUUGCUGUACAUAAAUUGGCUGCCGUAUUUCCUAUAUUACAAUAGUGACCUACCCUUUAAAAGUACUUAACUGGCUGUAAAAUGCUUUGAAAAGUAUGGUGAUCAUUAAAGAAUGUUAUGUAAAUACAAGUUAUUAUUUUUAAUUUUAAUUCUGCUUAGUGAUAUCACUGCUUCUAUAUGCUUUUGAGGUGUGGUUAAUCUGAUAUUUUAGUAAAUUUGAAUUAAUAAAAAUAUCAGUAUACAAACCAAAACAGGUAAUAUUUAGAAAUUGAUCCCCUGGAAUAUGCUUCUGUAUUUAAAAUGUCUAGACUUUUUUUUUUUUUAGGUUAACACCUUGAAUAGCAUGUUGAAUUUUAGCUAUCAUUAAUGGAUUUAAGUUAACUAGUUGAAUAAAAUAUUGAAAACUUGCAUAUUAAUUUAUAAUCAAGUUGAUCUAGUCAAUUAAAUUACUAAUAUAAACAAAGCGUGGUCUCUUGUGGCAUAGUGGUAGUGUCCCUAUCUCUGAGCUGGAAGAUGUGGGUUCAGGUCCCACUUGCUUCAGAAAAGUAUAAUAACACUUCAGAACAGAUUUAUUAAAAAUAUUUGAGCAUAAUGAUGGAGCGACUCAGCGGGUCUGGCAGUAUCUAUGGAAAGAAAAACAGAGUUAAUGUUUCAAGUCAUUUGAUUCUUCAGCUUUAAUGUUAAAUCUUUGUCAGCGCAGAUGCUGCUAAAUUUGCUGAAUUGUCCAGCACUUUGUUUUAAUUUCAGAUCUUCGCCAUACUCAGAACUUUGUUUUUAAUUAUAUUGCUUGAUAAUCAAUGGGAGAUAUGUCCAACAUUGAAUGAUAUCUGUGCAUCAAGUUAUCAUAAUUUUAAAAUAGAUAGCAAUGGACCGAAAAGACAUUGACAUGGAAUUGGUAUUGAUAUUCACAAGACGUAGUUUAGGAAAUGCUGAACCCAGGUGGGCUGUUCUGGAGCGGUCAGCCUAGAAAACCUGAUGAGUGAAGCAUUCGCUCAUCUGACAGCUUCUAUAGUGUUUCUGUGCAUAUGGUGUAUACAAUAUCUUUUUUUAUACCACCUUUUGUCCUUUCUUUGUGUUUGUUUACUGUAAUAAUUGAUAGAUAUGGAAGUUGCGGUCUCCAAGGAUCUUUGAACCUGCUGGCUGUAGUAAGGUGCAAGAUGGUCUGAUCUGCAUUUCAACAUGCAUUGUUAAAAUAUGAGAUAUGGCCGUUCACUAAUAGUAAUACCCAACAAUGUGAGACCUCUGAGCUAUGUCCAUAGAAUUAUUCAAGCAUUGUCCCUAAGCUGGCUAUCUCUACAGUUCACUCCUUCUAGUUAUGGUAUUCAUCAAGAAUUUAUUAAAUUGGUAAUAUUAAAUAGCUUAUAUGCACUGUUCGUUUCUAUUCUCAAAAAAAAAUUCAAUGAACUACCAUUUCCAGCAUGGUUUGCUUCAUUUAAGUUAAUAUGUGGCUUCAGUCUAGUUGGCUGUCACAGUAGUAAUAUGUCUGCUGCAGUAACAUGUUGAAACGUAAUGCUAUUGUGGAGAAUUUAACUGCUUUCUUCUGUAAUGAUUCAGUUUCAGGUGCACAAAAUAUGGGAGUAAUUGAUUUUUUUUUUAAAUAGUAUAUCUUGUAAAUUUUUUGUUUAUAUAUAGCUAUUUUCCUGUUAUGCAUUGAAGUUUAUAUUUAGCAAUUACAUUGUGAAUUAAAAGAACAGAUUUUGAACACCAGGUAUCCGGUGCUGAAUGAUGGAGUACGGUACUUUUAAAUUUUUUUGUUCAUUCGUCUGGAAGCAUAAAUGAUCUACAGAAUCUUGCAAUAUAGUUAACACAUUCCCAAGAAUUAGGUAAAUGACAUCUGAGUGAAGAAAUCAGGCACUGAAUAUAGCUAUGUAUUAGUUUUUCCUGCUGCUUGGAUAUUUCUGAUACUUGUUAGAUAUGCCGGCAUUGGCACAAGGUGUCUAAUUCAACAAAUUGUAGAAAACAAAAGGUCAAACAUUCAGGUGGUCUAUAUGACUAUAAAUAGUUUGCAGUCUCCUUUAUUUAAAUAGUUAUCUAUCAUUGUAAAAGUUGCUAUAUAGGAGUAUAAUUUUUAUUGUGCCUGCUGGGGAUCCUGUGUGACUGAAAUUCAGAUGAAUUUUGCAUAGGUACUUCCUUUUUUUUUGUAAACAUUUUAUUAGCGAUUAUGCCAGAUAAUAAUAGUCUUAUUUUAUUAAACUAUUAUCUUUAUAGAAACAUAAAGGAAAGCAAAACUGGCUCAUGAAACAAGGAUUCUAGCCUGUUUCUAUUUGUUGAAGGAUGAAAAUUUUAUGUUGCCUAUUAUUGUUUCCUCUCAUCGCUCUGCAUCUGUUAAUUCAAUUAAACCUUUUGUAUUCUCCAAUUAAGUUGUAAAAUAUAAUGUGUUGUCUAAAUGUUGGUUUCACAGACCAAGGGUGUAAUUUUCUUUGUCUGAAAUUGAAUCAAGAUUGUAUGUGUACUUUUUUGUAACAUAAUACCGUGCUGAAAUUUGCAUCUACAGAAGAAAUGUUUUAUCAUUCAGUACAUUUAUUAUCAGUGAUCAAAUAAGCUGAUACUUUUUUUAUCGGUUACCAGAAAAAGUGAAUAACACAAUCUUUUUCUUUUUAUUUGAUGCAUACUGCUCUCGUUUGGUACAGGGAUAACACUGAAUUACAGAUUGUCCCAGAUGUUGUUGAAUGUGGCUGCCGAGAAGAAAAAUGUAAAGUCAGAAUGCAUUGUGUGAACUGUAUUUGAAAUUUGACAUUCUUUAAAAUUCAAAUUAUUGGUGUAAAAAUAGAAUAAACCAUUGUUAUGCAACAUUUUUGGUAUAUUCUUUAAGGACCAUAGUUGAAAUUGAUGUAAGUAAAUGUGGUUAUGUUAACUACAGGACUUGAUGCCCAUGGACUCCUGUACAUAAAAUAAACUGUCACGUUUGUUUUAGCAUGAUUAUUUAUGUACUGUAUUGCUGAAAAUCAUUGGUAAUUUAUUUGAUUUGCAGUUGUAAAAUAAAUGUCUCUGUUGCUUAAAAACAAA